AUGAAGAGGAGAAGGAACGAAGAGAAAAAUGAAGGAAAGAAAUGGGAGAAUGAAAGGUAUAUUUAUACGGGUGAAGCUGAUUUAUGUAAGAAAUCUGGAGAAGAUAUUUUUGGAGUUUUGAUCACAUCAGCUGAAUUUCUUCUCGAAAAAUUAUUUAAUUAUGAUUAUUGUAUGGAAUGUAUGAGUGAAGAUUCACAAUUAUUUACUUCAAAAAAUUUUCCAUCACUUGAAGAAGAUAUUCUUUAUAACUUACUUAAACGAGACGACUUGCAGAUCGAAGAAAUUGUUGCUUGGGAUUUUUUAAUUAAUUGGGGUAUUGAACAAAUUUCUGGUUUGGGAAGCGAUAGAACAGAAUGGAGUGAAGAUGAUUACGAAGCAUUAAAGGGAACUAUAAGUCAAUUUAUUCCUCUUAUUCGGUUUAUGGAUAUUUCUCUCGCAGAUUUUUACGAUAAAGUUCAUCCUUAUAAAGCUGCUAUUCCUCUCCAUAUUUAA